GAUCGUGGUGGGAUAGGGGCCGGGGCCGGGCGCCCAGCGGAGGGAGACGGCUGGAUACAUGGACCCUGACCUCACCUGCGCCCCCACCCCUGGCCCGGGCUCGAGUCAGGGUCAGGGUUAAUCUUCAAUCCCGUUAGGUAUCCUCUGCCCUUGUUAGCAGCUCUCGAAUCCCGGACUUCGGGCUUGGACCUCAUUGGGCCUCCGGGGCCCGGCACAAGGGCAGGUUUGCCGGCAACCGGUUGACCUCUACCUGGCGUGCAGGCCCCCUCCACGCCGAACUGGAAAUACGCAUCACCGUGUGUGCGAGACCCUUGGCCUCACUCGUAUUGCUCCCCCGGGGGGCGACUGGUUCGAGUCUCGUAAUCAUCAGAGGCACCUGCUGUCUUCCUGCUGCCUUUUGAAGGCGGGCGGGCGGAUGACUCCUGUGGUUUUACAUUAGUGUGUUGCUCGAGCUUUCAUUCAUUCACUCAACAAACUUGUUGGAGCAUUUCAUGCCAGGCCGGGCAAGGGAGGGAGGUGUUGGGGGUUGGAUAGGGCACAGUGGGCCACAGACAUUAUGGGCUUUGCCCUCUUGGUGCUGACAGUGCUUUGAGGCAGACAAGUGGGGUACGCCAGCACAGGGUGUGACCCAGAGCAAAGGGUUGUAAGUGUUAAGUACAUGAAUUCAUCGACUUACUUGAAAGUGAUUGGAAUGCGAGUUGGAGGACAGGGAGACCUGGUGCAGCAUGUGGCAGACGUCAUGUGGCCUGUGUUUUGGACCGUGGUGCGUACUUAUGCUCCCUAUGUCACAUUUCCUGUGGCCUUCGUGGUCGGGGCUGUGGGCUACCACCUGGAAUGGUUCAUCCGGGGAAAAGAUCCCCAGCCCGUGGAGGAGGAGAAGAGCAUCUCAGAGCGUCGGGAGGACCGAAAGUUGGAUGAGCUGCUAGGCAAGGACCACACCCAGGUGUUGAGCCUUAAGGACAAGCUGGAAUUUGCCCCUAAAGCUGUCCUGAACAGAAACCGCCCGGAGAAGAAUUAGUAGAGGACACAGGGCCAUAUGGGUCCUUCCAUAGGCCGUGACUGGUCCUGCCACCAUGUUGACCCAGCUCCAGAAUCCACAGCUGAUUUGCGUUGUUGCUUAUUCUGGCCCCUCGGGCACCACCCAGCCACACACAUACUGGGUGCUCUUCUACAGCCAGGCACAUGGACACACUAGAAGCUGAGGGGCCAGUGAAGAGGACGGCCCUGGAGGGUUCUGGCCUGCAGGCUGCAUCUGUUGUACGGUGGGCACAGCUGCCCAGGCUUCUGGGCGCACUUCUGGGAGGAGUGUUAUGAGAUGAACCUGGGCUGUCGGUCCCUGCUGGGAGGCCGUUUGGCCUCAAGCUGAAGUGCAUGGGAUUGGGGUGUUGCCUUAAGAGAGAUACCUCAUGUCUAGUUCUCGUUUGCAUGGGAAGAAUUCAGAAAUCUACCUGGUUCCUUCCCUCGUUUGCCCAGUCCUUUGUGCUCACUCUUGCUGAAAUCCUGUCCUACGAGCUCAGGAAAGGGGGGGACUCGCUGGGGAGGGGUUGUUCUUGGCAGCCCAGGCUGUUCACCUUGGGGUAGGUGAAUCUGCUUGAAAAUAAUCACCAUCUUGCAUCCCCCCCCCCCCCCCAUCACUGUAUAGUGCAAAACUUGAUUAAAGUGGCAUCUGAGAACCAUA